AAGUGUGAUCAGGAAGCGCGUGACAAAGCAAAAAUUGACGUGACGAUACUUCAUAGAAAAAUGGCCGAUUUGCAAGAACCUCAAGGCAAAGCCGAAGGAAAACGAGUGCGACUUCCUCUUAGCGAGCCUGUAAAAGUAGCGAGUACCUUGGUGGUGAACAUGUACCUAGUCAAUGUUCCACUGUCACUUUCUACUGUAAAAGAACGAGGUAUGAACGUGGAGGUAGACAUUCGAAACGAAACAGACGAUCCAUUAGAAGCACUAGAAAUGAAAGUCAAAGACAAUACCAGAUUCUUUGAGCGAUCUACAAUCUGGGAUAUUCCACGGAUAGAAGCUAGAGCAAGUGUCACACGAAAAGAUUAUAGACUACGAAUAGGAGCAGGAAGAGCUGCAAACAUUAGCAAUAUACCAGAAACAAUUGAGUUCGAGUAUCGUGGAGAGUCGUGGACAGUGCAUUUAGAGCUCGGUCUGUUUUGUGGCCACCUGUGUACACAUUUCCAACCAGCGUCUGGUCAGUACAAUAUCGGUGUAGUAGGACCGCCAGGAUCAGGAAAAUCAAUGCUGAUCAACAUGAUUCACACCAUGCUCACAGCUCCAUGCAGCAGAAUCAGUAUGAUCGCACCAAUAAGGCCAACCACAGUUGAUGCCAGUGACGGUUACGCACACUACGAGCCAUAUCCACUGCUAAGGAAGUUUGGUGUAAAGGCAACGCUAUGGGAAGCGACUCCCUUCACAACAUCCUCAAUUAAAAAUGAAAAGACUAAAAUAUUCUUCGAACGUCUCUCAAAUUCUGAAAUGGUAUCCAAUUCUUCAGAUGAAUCAAUAAAACUUGACAUCAUUAUUGUACUUCUCCCAGCAAACUACUGGACACGAGAACCACAACCUGAGCAAACUACUAUUGAGUAUUUGAGAGAACUGCUAGAAGAUGAAGAUAAACGGCCACUGUUGUGCGUUAGCGAGACAACUCAUAGCGAGCCUUCACUAGAUCAGAUAAGACGCGAAUUCGGACGAAAGUUGAGGAUACCAAAAAAUAAUGUGAUUGGCAAACUUAAACUGCUCCCACAUGUCAACAAGAAAGACAAAGAUCGAAACCUUGAUGUAAAAGUUUACAAUAUUCUUGAAGACUGUCUGAAUGGAGCAUCAACUAGAAGUAUUGCUUGCUAGAUCCAAACAACUGUUUUAGAAACAAUAUGCAUGACGAUGAUGUUGUAGACAAUUCAAACGAAUUGUGAAGACCAUUGCCUUGAAUACAAUAAUGUUUGUAAUGUUUGUAAUGUUUGCUUCAAUUAAUAAAAUUGGUACGCUGUAACGUUAUCUGUUUGCAAUGAGAAGGUUCAAAAUUAGAAUCUAGAAAUAACUUGAACACAAA